AUGAGACUCAAGGGUUAUGCUGAACAUAAAAACGGCUGGCCGAGGAACGAACGUUCCACGCUCGGCCAAAUCACAUCCGUCCGUCUGAAGUCUCGGCCAAAGUUAAAACCGUCCGGCCGAUCACGCAUCACGACCCGGGAAACUAAGCCCGCGGUCGGCCAAGCCACAACCGCUCACGCCAACCGCGCACGACCAUGCCGCGCGAGCCGGGAAACAAAGCCUCGCGGCCGCGCAACCUGUCUCGCGUACCACGGCCGAUGCGCAUCCGAGCCGGGAAACUACGUCCCGCGUCCGGCCGAAAUCAUCGGCCAAACUUCACCGUCCGACCGCCGGCCGACCACGAACCGUCCGGCCACGACCGUUCCGAUCGUCUAG